UUGACAAUAGGGUGAAAAAGAAACAGCCCCGAAUCAUAAACCAGCUAAGGAGCAAAAAAACACCAAAAAUCCAGGGGUUUUUGGGCAAGACAAGCAAUUAAAUAAGUGCCAGGAAUGUAAUUGCGUUGACUUAAUCGUUUUAUAUAUUUAGUUAUUAAUGGGAGUUUGAGGAUUAUUCCGUUGGAAGGAGAAAAGGUACUCGUGGGUUUGGCUGUUUCAGGCCGGAUUUUCCUGCUGUUUUUGCCGCUGGAGGUAGCAGCUAACAGUUAGCCCCGAUAGAUCUCCCCAAACAUAGGAUACACUUCCUCCGCCGCCGUCUCCGUUGCGAACCACAGAGGAUCAAGGUAAAGUACCACGCUGGGAGAGAGCUUGAACAGCCACUCGGUGCGGCUGCAGCUGGUCGGGACUCGGGGGUCGGGACUCGGGACGGUGUGUUGUUUCCAAGUCGGUCUGUCAGUCUAGCUAACGCUAGCAGCAUUAGCACUGCCCCCCCUCCCUCCCUACCUGUGUAUUUACACCUGGGAUGAUGGGUGAUCGCCCAAGUCCGCCCAGCAGGGCUAUGUCCUCGGCAGCCACCACAUCUCCAUCUGUGGACAAAGUGGACGGAUUUUCACGGAAGUCUGUCAGGAAGGCCAAGCAGAAGCGGUCGCAGAGUUCGUCCCAGUUCCGCUCUCAGGGCAAACCCAUAGAGCUCACGCCCUUGCCACUGCUCAAGGACGUGCCAGCGCCGGAGCAGCCGGAGCUGUUCCUGAAGAAGCUGCAGCAGUGCUGUACUGUCUUUGACUUCAUGGACACGCUGUCGGACCUCAAGAUGAAGGAGUACAAGCGCUCCACGCUCAACGAGCUGGUGGACUACGUGACCGUCAGCCGGGGCUACCUGACAGAGCAGGCCUACCCCGAGGUCGUCAAAAUGGUGUCUCACAACAUAUUCCGGACCCUUCCGCCCAGCGACAGUAACGAGUUUGACCCCGAGGAAGACGAGCCCACGCUCGAGGCCUCCUGGCCGCACUUACAGUUGGUAUACGAGUUCUUCAUCCGGUUCUUGGAGAGUCAGGAAUUCCAGCCCAGCAUUGCCAAAAAGUACAUAGACCAGAAGUUUGUCCUACAGCUCUUGGAGUUGUUUGACAGCGAGGAUCCUCGGGAGAGAGACUACCUGAAGACAGUCUUGCAUAGAAUCUACGGCAAAUUCCUGGGUCUGAGGGCUUUUAUACGAAAACAGAUCAAUAAUAUUUUUCUACGUUUUGUUUAUGAGACGGAGCACUUCAACGGGGUGGCGGAGUUGCUGGAGAUCCUGGGGAGUAUAAUCAAUGGUUUCGCUCUGCCACUGAAAGCGGAGCAUAAACAGUUUCUGGUCAAAGUGUUGAUCCCGCUCCACACUGUCAGGAGUCUGUCCCUCUUCCACGCACAGUUGGCGUAUUGCAUUGUACAGUUCCUAGAGAAAGACCCAACAUUAACAGAACCAGUCAUCAGAGGCUUACUGAAGUUCUGGCCAAAAACCUGCAGUCAAAAAGAGGUAAUGUUUCUAGGGGAGCUGGAGGAAAUCCUGGACGUCAUCGAACCAACACAGUUCGUCAAGAUCCAGGAGCCGCUCUUCAAACAGAUCUCCAGAUGUGUCUCCAGCCCACAUUUCCAGGUGGCAGAGCGAGCUCUGUACUACUGGAACAACGAGUACAUCAUGAGUCUGAUCGAGGAGAACUCCAGCGUCAUCCUGCCCAUCAUGUUCGCCAGCCUCUACAGGAUCUCCAAAGAGCACUGGAACCCGGCCAUCGUGGCGCUGGUGUACAACGUUCUGAAGGCCUUCAUGGAGAUGAACAGUACCUUAUUCGAUGAACUCACAGCCACUUACAAGUCGGACCGCCAGCGUGAGAAGAAGAAGGAGAAGGAGCGGGAGGAGCUCUGGAAGAAGCUGGAAGACUUGGAGCUGAAGCGGGGCCUUAGGAGCGACGGGAUCAUCCCAACUUAACGAAGACAGCGCCACGCUCCCCUCCGCCCCUCCCCCUCCCCUCUCCCCUGUGACUCCCCCUCCCCUCCAUCCUCCCCCGCCCCCCCCCCUCCGACCCCCCCUCAUCAGCCAUGUCUGCCCAGAGCUCCGAGAAACCCCCGAUACAGGCCGUCGUCUCUGGAUCGACACGGAGCGCCCGCUGGUUUUCUUAAUUGUUUGUUUUUUUUCUUAUGUUAUUAUUUUUUUCUUUUCUUUUCUUUUUUUUUUUUUUUUUUCUCCUGUUGUGUUUGUGCGACUUACUUUACAGUAGAGAUUCAUCACGUCUGUUUUCAUUAUUUCAACAGCACUGUAAAUAAUUAUUUUUUUCUUUUUUUUUUCCCUUAAACUGAUAUUAUUGCAAAACGGAAAAAAACAAAACAAUAAUAAUAAAAAAGGAAGAAAAAAAUAGAAAAUGAGAAAAUGACUUGUGUGGGAGGGGGAAUUAAACAAAAAAAAAGACAAACAAAAAAAACUUUUGGACUGUAGGACACGAGACAAACUCUUGGAAAACAAAAAACAACAAAAAAAAGAGAAGAUAGAUUGAUUUUUAACUCUUCAUCCCUCUUCAGUACAGUCCCGUGUGUAACUUUUAUUUCUCCUCUUUGCUUUUCCUCUCGUAGCCUCCAUCUCUCUGUUCCCUCCUUCCCUCCCUCCUCCUCCUCUCUAAUGGUGCAUCUGUCAUUUCUGCCCCCGUGUGGGACGUCCGGACUGAUAAUGGGUCCCCCCUCCCCCCUCUAAAGGUUCCUCUCUGGCCCCGCCCACCUGACGACAGGUUCUCCUUCCUGUUUUUAAACAGGAGAACACAUUUAAAACCAUCAACAGGGACUUCCUCAGUACACCAACCAUCCUCUCUCUGAGUGCGUUUACAUGUGUGUUCAUGGAAGAGCUUAGAAAACCCAAAUCUGCUCAAAAUUCAACCCUCAAACUACAUAAUAAAUCCCGUCAAGUUUCAUAUUUUGCAACCUUGAAAAAUGUAUUUGCAUCAGAAAAAAACAAAUGUUCUUGUUUUUAUUUAUUUGCAUAAAAAUGUCCCAGAAUUCAGUUAAAAUCAAAUGUUUUUUUACAGAAUAUGCAUGACGUUGCAUUUCCUGUUACUCCUUCACAAUAAAAUGUAAUUUCGGUUCAGUUCAGUUUGCAUCAGCAGCUAAAACAAACUAAAUCGCUGUGUUGCAGCUUUAUAAAGGCCAUUCAGUGAAUGUGGGGAGAUAAAAUAAUCCAUGAAAAAGACAAAUUGCAUAUAUUUACAGGUAACUUAUUCCAACUUGAAAAGGAGAAGUAGCCCAAAAUAAAAGUAAAUUUCUAAAAAAAAACACUUUGUGAAGGUUUGGAGGCUUUUCUCUCCUUUACUUUGUCGCCACCUGGUGGUCGUAUCAACAGUAUCACAAAUAGAGGGAGACGAGAGACAAAACUAAAUGAAUGAACCAAUGAAUUAACUAACUGAUUUAAGAAAUGACAAACAAAAUAAACAUAUUUAGCACAGAGAUAAGUCUGUUAAUCUUCCUCCCCAAAUCACCUCAAUGCCUGCACCACAUGACCUUUUCUUUUUCAAGACCAGUUGAGCGCUCACAUCCUGUUUAGCAUCAUUUAUUCUGUAACUUCCUGUUGAUAUUGGGUCUCCUGUGUGAUCCUGCUCUGUAUGAAGGAGAAUAUUGAGGAUGAUUUGUUUUUGAAGUAAGGUUGUGAGUCAGGAACUCACUCUUUAACACCAAAGUUGCUCUGUAACACAAACUGAUGGAGGAAGACGGAGAGCAGAUACUUUACUUUCCUAUGUUCUGCCACUUAAAAUCACUGUUUUUGUGAAUGAAAAGAGUCUGGUGGCUUUUAAGAGAGCACAGAUGUCAGCUUUACUUCAUCAAAAUGGUCAAUAUAUUCUAAAAUGAUUCUAAAAGUUUACCGAUAUCUUCUGCUGUUGCUCCUAUUCAGACCACAUCAGUCAAAUGGCAGUAAUCCCAUUUAUUUGAUUUAGGGUAGUCCAUUUUCGGCUGCAGCAGCCAGCACUAGAGGGGAUUUUGGUUCAAAAAAGUUCAAACACAAUCAACUUUUAUAGAAGUGCAUUGGCCAAUCAAGUAAGCAUCAAGUCAUGAGAGAGUACCGGAGCAUCUGUGUCUCUCUUGAACCUCAAACAACUUUGGUACAAGAACGUUUAAAAGCUAUGAGGGUAAAAACACGAGCACUUAGCCACACGCAGCCUGCAGCUCACAUGAAUGUGUCCUUUUUUCUCCAAACUGUAGAUGAACACUGACCUCACACAACGCCACCUCAAACCAGCGACUCCUCCAAACCGUACAACCUCAUGUGUCAUUUUUUUUUUUACAUCCCCUCGAAUAAAAUGAGUGAGUGAUUAGAUCAACACCUCCUUGUGUACAAACGUAACAGUUGCUGUUGUGAAGCAGAUGCAGUUUUGUUGAGUUUAGGCAACAAAACUACUUCCAUAAGGUUAAAAAAUACAAGUUAAGGCUUCAUAAUCACCGUUUAAAAAAGCAAAAUAAAUGGUGAAAGUCAGGUAUUUAUGUUGGUGGCGUAUAAAGACGCACAAGUUAAGUGAUGUGACUUUAAAUAACUUUUACUUUUGUUUCACCUGAACGCUGAACUCCAGUUUCCUCUCACUAAGGGCGCCCCCAGUUAUAAAUGUAAAUAUGGGGUUGUAAAAAAAACUCUGGAUCCCAAAAAGAAGAAAUUCAGAGAGGAAAAUAAAGGUUCCUCAGUUUCAGCAUUGAUUCUAGCUUGUCUUUGUACUGUAUUCAAUCGACUGUAGGAUUUGCAAACCACUGCAUUUUUUUAUUAGCGUCCCAACUUUUUGGAGUUUUGGGGACAGAAGAGGUCUCCUUCAAACUAAUCCAAAAAAAAGUGUGUUUUUCCAGAACGCUCUCCAUGUAAACGCACUCAACCAACCUACUUCUCACCCAGUUUAUUAUUUUAACUCCUUCCUUCCCUCCAUCUCCUCCUUCCUCCUUUUUUUUUUUUUUUUUUUUUUUGACCCCUCCCCCCUUCCGUACCUGCCACCCCAGGUAUCAGUCUGGCACUGGUACCCUCCGGCCAUAACGGGGACUGAUUAUUACAAAUAAAAACAGAAAAAAAGUCUUCAGAGGAGGCGCCAAAAAUCUUCCUCCUGUCGUGAAAAGACGAGCGCCCCUGCCACCCCCCCCCCCCCUCUACCCCCUCCGCCCACCGGGGGGCGCCGCGUUGACUUCACAGUAUUACAACAACAACAACAACAACAAAAAAAAAGACAACCCUGUACAUUGUUAUUGAAUGCAGUACACUGAUAAUCUUGUAUCUUGUAGUAAUUUAGCCUAUGUUUUUUGCUUAGGAAACUGUGGAGAGGAGUAUCCAGUAUAUAAAGAGGUAUUAUGGAACAAGACUUCCUGGUAUUUAUGAUAGUGUUUCCCCCCUUUUAGUCUGUUUUUUCUUUUCUGUCUCUCACUCCUCCCUCUUCUCUUGGUUUUUAUCUCAUUUUGGAUAUUUUGAUGAAGUUUCUUUUGACCAUUGGAUAUAUUUUUUUUAGUUGGGGAGGGAGGGAGGGGGGGGGCAAGGGUUAGGGCAGGUAGGCAGGGAGUCGAGGGGGGUCAAAGGUCGGGGUUGGGGGGCGGGGGGAGGGGAGGGGGGGUGCAGAGGGACGGCGAGGAGCAGAGAGACCACUUGGCCCGGUUGGGGAGUGUGACAGUGAACCUCCCCCCUCCUCCCUCGCAGAAUUAAUGUGUGCUUUAGAACGGCCCGGAUAUAAUAUGAUUUAAAAACUGAAAAAAAAAAAAGAUAAAAAAGGGUUGGAGAAAUACAAAUGUUUAAUUAUUUUAAAAAAUAAAGAGAUAUUAAAUUAAA